UGUUCCAUGGAAUGCGAGAAACUGAACUUUUGUAAGCAACAUGUUCUUUGCACUUACUAUACAUAUGCAAGACCUCAUUAAAGACUCAGUGAAAUACUUUUGUUUCACCAAUAAGCUGUGUUCAAGAAUUAGAACAAGUUUGAUCAUGACAGACAUGUUUGAAAAGCAACCAUCUCCUGAUGCUUCAAAUUAUGCAUCAAGCAGUGGCCUCUCUGGGGAUGAUAAAGAGAUUGGGUAUAGAGCUGCAACAUCAAGCCAUCAAUGUCUUUUGGCCAUUAACUCUGCUCUUCACUUCUUACCAUUCAAAAUUGACCUGAACUUUGCUCGCAUGGUCAUGGCAGAGGUGGUGGGUACUUUUAUUUUGAUGUUCUGUGUAUGUGGAAUCAUUGCAAGCACACAAUUCCAAAAUGGUGCAGUUGGCCUUCUGGAGUAUGCAGCUACAGCAGGAUUAACAGUGAUUGUGAUAAUUUUCUCUAUAGGACCAAUAUCUUGUGCACAUGUUAACCCAGCUGUCACAAUAGCCUUUGCAACAAUUGGUCAAUUUCCAUGGUUCAAGGUUCCAAUUUACAUAAUAGCACAAACAGUAGGUUCUAUGUCGGCAACAUAUAUAGGUAGCCUUGUCUAUGGCAUAAAAUCAGAUGCUAUGAUGACACAGCCACUCCAAGGAUGCAACUCAGCCUUCUGGGUGGAGGUUAUUGCAACUUUCAUCAUCAUGUUCCUGGUUGCAGCUUUGACAUCUGAAUCUCAAUCAGUUGGCCAUUUAUCUGGCUUUGUUGCUGGAAUAGCAAUUGGGCUUGCUGUACUAAUCACAGGCCCUGUCUCAGGUGGAUCAAUGAAUCCUGCAAGAUCAUUAGGUCCAGCAAUUCUCUCAUGGAAAUUUAAGGAUAUAUGGAUAUACAUCAUAGCCCCAAGUGCUGGAGCUGUAGCAGGAGCUCUAAUGUUUCGUUUCCUACGUAUUAGAGACCAACAUUGUAGCACUUUGUCAUCACCAAACAUCAGUGAUGUUCAUGUUGGUCGUCCCAUACCCUUUUGUUCAAGUUAGUACAUGAAGAUGAAAUAUCAUGUUUUUAGACAAAGUUAAAGGAACUGCAAAAUCAA